AUGGGAAAGGUAGUUAAGAUGUUUUUUCGAAUCCUUUGCCUGCUUUUAGCACUCUUGCAUUUCCACGUCCAUUGUUCAUUGAGUUCCCCUUCCUCUUUUCUUGAUUCAGCUCAUUUAUGCCUCCCAGAACAAAGAGCUGCCUUGCUCGAAUUCAAAAACACCAUUUCUCUGGAUGAUUGUUGGCUAGCUUCUUCUUACCCUACGACAAAUUCUUGGAAUGAAAGCACGGAUUGUUGUUCAUGGGAUGGAGUCAGUUGCCACAUGGUGACGGGUCAGGUCAUUGCCAUCGACCUCAGUGCCAGCUGCCUUAACGGUACUCUCCCUGCAAACAGCAGCCUCUUCCACCUUCAAGGACUCCAACAACUCAACCUUGCUUUUAACGAUUUCAAUGGCUCUAUCUCAUCAGAGUUAUUUAAUCAAUUAGUGAGUUUGACCCAUCUUAAUCUCUCCCAUAAUUCAUUCUCUGACUUAAUCCCAUAUGAAAUCAGUCUCCUGUCAAAAUUGGUUUCACUCGAUCUUUCCAAUAAUGGUUUUCACAAGUUGAGAUUUGAUAGUCAAGGGUUUGACAUGCUUGCAUGCAACUUAACUGAAUUAAGAAACCUUAUCCUUGACUUUGUAGAUAUGUCUGAUGUUGCACUUCCUUCCUUUUUGAACUUGACUUCAUCUCUGGAACGUUUGAUUCUUAGUGAUUGUGAACUGCAUGGGGAAUUUCCAAGUGAAAUUUUUCGCCUUCCAUACCUCCAGCACAUAGAUUUAAGUUUGAAUAAUGAAAAUCUCAGUGGUGAUUUCCCUAAGACAAACUUGAGUAGUGGCCUUAAGUUGUUGGACCUUUCCUUAUGCAGUUUUAGGGGGUCAAUUCCUGCAUCAAUUGGAAAUCUCACUCAAAUCAUCCUCCUAGAUUUUUCUGGAAAUGAUUUUGGAGGACAGAUUCCAGAUGCUUUUGGAAACCUUAACAAAUUAACUACUUUGAAAUUUGAUUCCUGCAAAUUUAGUGGUCAACUUCCAACAACUAUGUUCAACCUCACACAACUUAACCUACUAGAUUUGUCAAAUAAUCGAUUAGAAGGUCCCCUGCCAAGUCAUGUUAGUGGGCUUCAAUUGCUAGAAAGAUUUUGGUUAUCUAAUAACCUUAUAAGUGGUGGAGUACCAUCUUGGCUGUUUACUUUGCCAUCUUUGAAAGGGUUAGAUCUCAGCUAUAACAAACUCACCGGUCCAAUUGACCAAAUUCAGAAGCCUAAUUCUCUGGAAUAUAUUUAUUUGAGUUCCAAUGACAUUCAUGGAUCAAUACCGAAUUCUUUUUUUGAUCUUGUGAGCCUUGAAACGCUUGAUCUUUCCUCAAACAACUUGAGUGGUGUCAUCAAGUCAAAUAUGCUUGCAAAACUCAAAAAUCUUACGCAUCUUGAUCUUUCAAAAAAUAGUUUACUAUCAUUAAGCGCAAGUGAAAAUGAUGUUAACUAUUCCUUCCCUCAGCUUGUUAGUGUGUCAUUUUCUUCUUGUAGCAUAACACAAUUCCCAAGUUUCUUCCGAACAUCAAAUUUGGAGAGAUUAGAUCUUUCCAAUAACAAGAUUUGUGGUGGAAUUUCCAAAUGGGAAGCAGAAGGGUGGGAAAGCUUGCUCGAGUUGGACCUUUCUAACAACGCUUUGACCAAUUUGGAGCAAUUUCCAGGAAUGAAUCUUAUAGCUCUUGACCUUCGGUCAAACUUGCUCCAAGGGCCAAUUCUAUCAACUUGCUUGAAAAAUCAAAGUCCAAACAACUUGAUGGCAUUCUACGUUUCAAAGAAUAAAUUAACCGGAAACAUCCCUCUUUUGAUUUGCAAUUGGAGUUCACUUUUCAUUCUUGACUUGUCUAGAAAUAACUUGAGCGGAACCAUUCCAGAAUGUUUUGGAAAUCUCAGCCCUUCUCUCAUGGUACUGAAUUUGGAGAUGAAUAAUUUUCAAGGCAAAAUGCCUGAUUCUUUUGGAGGUAGUAGCUUGCGAGUUCUUCUCCUCAAUGACAAUAAAUUGGAAGGAUUAUUGUCGCGGUCUUUGGCUGAUUGUAGUUCCUUGAAACUUUUGAAUUUAAGGAACAACAAGUUCACUGAUACCUUUCCCCAUUGGUUAGCUUCACUUCCAAAUCUGCAAGUUCUUCUUUUGCGAAAUAAUAGAUUGCAUGGUCCCAUGCCCAAUUCCUUAGCUUCAUCUAACUUCUCUGCAUUGCAAAUAAUUGAUCUGUCUCAUAAUGAGCUCACCGGUCCCUUGCCAGCAAAAUUCUUCCAAAAUUUAAGAGCAAUGAAAGAUAUACCUGAAGAGAGACCUUGGCGAUUCGUGAGAUACGAAACUAGAGAUGUUGUUAUCUUAUUUAAUAACUAUUACUCAGUAAAUGUAACAACGAAAAGAUUGGAGAUUGAGUUGGUGAAAACCUUUGCCAUUUACACAUUUAUGGACUUUUCGAAUAAUCUAUUCUGUGGACAAAUUCCUGAAGAACUCGGAGAACUUAUUUCGCUUCAAGGACUCAAUUUGUCUAACAACAACUUGACUGGUCCUAUCUCACCAUCUAUUGGAAAUAUGAUAGCACUUGAAUCGUUAGAUCUCUCGUCAAACAGGCUUGAUGGCAGAAUUCCUUCUCAAUUGACGAAUCUGACAUUCCUUGAAGUGUUAAAUCUUUCACAAAAUGAUCUUGUUGGACCAAUUCCAAAGGGGAAGCAAUUUGAUACUUUUGAGAAUGAUUCUUAUAGCGGUAACUUGGGAUUGUGUGGCUUCCCGUUGUCGAAGAAAUGCGGCAAUGAGGAGGAACCGAAACCACCGGUACCAAUGCUGGAGGAAGAUGAAGGUUCUGAAUUGGCCUUUAUUUGGAAAGUUGUAAUGAUGGGCUAUGGAUGUGGAGUGGUGUUAGGAUUGAGCAUGGGAUACAUUGUAUUCACAACAGGAAGACCAUGGUGGUUUGUCAGAAUGGUUGAGAGAGAUUGGCAAAACACUGUUACAAAGUGGAUUCGCAAAAACAGGGGAGGAAGAAACUAGCACUACAUCCAGAUCAUGCAUAGGUGGCUUUCGAACUGAAUCUAAUGCAACAGCAGCUUCUGGGUGUUCUUCGUGAGGAGCAGCAUUUUAUCAUUUUUAAAUUUGUGAGCAGCUACUUUUGUUUGAAGUUUGUAUCGAAAAAUGUUGUAAUUUAAAAGACUUUAGUUAAAAAUGCUUUACUUUUAA